GAGCGGCCGGUCAUUCAACAUUCUUGCCAUGUAAUAAACGAGGCCUCGGUCUCCUUCGAUCCAAUCCAACGGAAACCUAACACGAAGAGAGAAAGAAAGAGAAAGCGAGAAAGAAACGGCGGGAUAUCGACUAGGGUUUCUCUAUUCGCGUUGCUUCAGGAAUCUUUGAAACAAUGUCUCGUGUCUAUGUGGGUAAUUUGGACCCCCGUGUCUCUGAACGUGAUCUUGAAGAUGAGUUCCGUACUUUUGGAGUGAUAAGAAGUGUAUGGGUUGCUCGGAGGCCACCAGGUUAUGCUUUUAUUGACUUUGAUGAUAAAAGAGAUGCGCAGGAUGCAAUUCGUGAAUUAGAUGGAAAGAAUGGCUGGAGAGUUGAGCUCUCUCACAAUUCUAGGGGUGGGGGUGGGGGUGGGGGUGGUGGAGGUGGUGGCCGUGGAGGGGGUCGUGGCCGUUAUGGGGGUUCUGACUUGAAGUGUUAUGAAUGUGGUGAACCUGGUCACUUUGCUCGUGAAUGCCGUACACGAGUUGGUUCAGGAAGAAGACGUAGCAACAGUCCUAGGUAUCGCAGGAGCCCAAGCUAUGGUCGAAGGAGUUAUAGCCCUCGUGGACGAUCUCCCAAACGUCGUAGUCCUUCACCUCGCGGGCGUAGCUUCAGCAGGUCUCCAGUUUAUCGUGGACGUGAGGAGGCGCCAUACGCCAACGGCAAUGGACUGAGGGAUCGUCGUCGUAGCAGGAGUUAAGUUAUCUUAAUCGAGAGGCCGCUGAGAUUAAGUGUGUUUAGUGUCUGUGGACUUCAGUGCGACUAUGUUUAAAUCGGCUCUCAGCCACUUGAUAAGUUUCCUUCUUACUUUUGUCACUGCUGGUUAUUUUUCAUUAUAAGUUAUGCAGAAUAGCUACAGCUUUUUUUUCCUGUCAUUGGUUAUGAAGAAGUGAUAUUUAUGGAGAUAAUUUGUUCUGAACAGUAUUUGCUAAAAGUUUAUGCUUUUUUCUUUUUGUGUUGAGGUUUCUUCUGGGUCUUCUCAUUGGUUUCUGCUUCCAAACUGAGGCUUAAUUGUUGGCUGCCCUGCUUUGACAUCUUCAAUUUUGAAUGAUUAUCGUCUUAGCUGCCUACGUCUCUAGAUGCUUCUCUUUGAUUGAACUCUGCUGCUGUGAUGUGCGUCCCUCAAUCUCUAUUGGCAUUUCGUUUACUUUUACCUUAAAAGGAUUCGGAGCUGCUUCAAAUGCUUCUGGCAGGUACAUCUGUUCACAGAAGUUAAGUCUUGGGUUCUUGGAAGAAUAUAGUUUUAGACUUUUCUUUUAGUUGUUUUUUUAACUUUUGUUUUCCAAGUCGAGAUGCCUUAUGAAAUUUACUGAUGAUGGUUGGAAGUCUCAGAAUUACAUUUGGCACACAUGGGCUCAUCCCCUUUUAUUAUCUAUUACUAUUAUUAUUUGGGUGGGGGUUGGUGAUUUUUCAAGAAGAGUUUUUGGGGUCUUCCUCCUAUUGUCGUGUGAUGAGGUAGUCGCAAGUAAGUCUUAAAAAAAAUUCUCACAUUUUUUGGUCUAUGGAUUUGAAGGUCGCUCAUCCAGCUGACAAA